AUGAUCCGCGUCGCGUUCGACAACACGUCCCGAAGCGGUAAAAUAGAAAGAUUGAUAUCAAUCAUCCUUCUGGCUCAUAUUCUCGCCUCGUUCGGUUUUACGAAAGGCCCAAAUAAAAUAAUGGAUCGUUCAUAUUAUGGCAAUACCUCGUUUGGAGGCCAAGCGGGGGGAGGUGGCUUUAUGCCAGGAGAGAUGACUAGCCCUGCUGGCAAGGGCGACGUGAACAACUCCACGCUCCGGCCCAUCACAGUCAAACAAGCCCUGGAUGCAACCCAACCAUACCCCGAAGCCAACUUCCAGAUUGAUGGCGCUGAUGUCGCUUCGAUUUUCUUUGUCGGUCAAGUACGGAAUAUCAGCUCGCAGACUACAAACAUCACGUAUAAGGUCGACGACGGCACAGGUGAGAUCGAAGUGAAGCAUUGGGUUGACUCUACUGGUAUCGACUCCAUGGAUGUGACAGAGGAUAGCAGCAAGUCUCGCGGGGAGCCUCAGAUCGAGCUCAACGGCUAUGUUAAAGUAUUCGGGAAACUGAAGGUGUUCGGCAACAAACGCUAUGUCGGCGCACAUUGUGUGAGACCAUUGACAGAUAUAAACGAGUUAAACUGCCAUUUUCUCCAUGCCACCGCCAUUCAUCUGUUCUUUACAAGAGGCCCGCCUGGGGCAUCUGGCGCUGGGGCUGGUGCGGCGACCAAGGCGGGAGACGCAUCGAUGGCUGGUGCAGACGACUACGGCGCCAACAGUGCUGGUCAGGUUCUAUCUGCAAUGUCACCCAAUGCCAGGCGGGUAUUCAAUCUUCUCAAAAGCGAACCUCAGAGCAACGAAGGGCUGCAUGUGCAAUUGAUGGCGGCAAAGUUGAACUUGCCAGUGACUGCGAUAACACAAGCUACCCUUGAGUUACAUGACGCGUCUUUGAUUUUUUCGACUAUAGACGAUGAGACAUGGGCUAUUUUGGGGUACUAG